CUGAGUUUUUGGUGGAAGGGGGAUGGAUUUAGGACGGAGGUCUUGGGCAGUCACAUGGACUCAAGUUUUUGAUUGAUGUCCAAAUGCCUGUGUUGUCUAGUUUAAACAGGCAAGUGUAGCAAACUGUGUCUGCUCCACGUUUUCUCAACUCUUCAGAAACAUUUAGUUUGUUUGUUUGUUUUUGCUUUAUAUCUGGGACUGGCUUAACAUUGCGCUGCUGUAAACACUGCAUUUUAGCCAUGUAACUUGGUAACAUUGUGUUUGAAACACACAAAAGUGGUCACAAACUGGAAUAACGUUUAAAGGAGGAUAUUGCGUGUUGUGGAAAACGUGAUAUUUUUAAGCAUAAUGACUGAAGAAGGGAAAGCCGAACACAGAGGUGAAAGCGGGAAAGAUUUGGAAAAACAGCUCCGUUUAAGAGUUUGCGUUUUAAAUGAGCUUUUGAAGACAGAGAGGGAUUAUGUGGGCACCCUGGAGUUUCUGUCGGCAUUUCUUCAUCGGCUAAACCAGUAUGCUGCUUCAAAAAUGGAUAAGAAUGUGACUGAAGAAACAGUUAAGAUGUUGUUUUCUAAUAUUGAAGAAAUUCUGUCAGUGCACAAAGAGUUCCUGUCCAUGAUCGAGGAGCUACUGCAGCCUGAAACCAGCGCACAUCAUGAACUGGGGCUCUGCUUCCUGCAGUUUAGAAACAGAUUUCAGAUUUAUGAUGAGUAUUGCAGUAAUCACGAAAAAGCACAGAGGCUACUGCUGGAAAUGAACAAAAUAAGGACUGUCCGGACAUGUUUACUGAACUGCAUGCUGCUAGGAGGACGGAAGAACACUGAUGUACCACUUGAAGGCUAUCUGGUAGCUCCAAUACAAAGGAUCUGCAAAUAUCCUCUUCUUCUGAGGGAGUUGUUAAAGAGGACACCGAAGAAGCACACUGACUACGCACUGGUGCAGGAGGCUCUCCAAGUCAUGAAAGCAGUUUGUUCCAACAUCAAUGAAGCAAAGAGGCAGAUGGAAAAGUUAGAGGUCCUGGAGGAAUGGCAGUUCCAUAUCGAAGGAUGGGAGGGCUCCAACGUUACUGAUACAUGCACUGAGAUGCUGAUGCAGGGGAUCUUGAUGAAAAUUUCAGCUGGAAACAUCCAGGAGCGAAGUUUCUUUCUUUUUGAUAAUCUGCUUGUUUAUUGCAAAAAGAAACACAGACGUUUAAAGAACAGCAAAGCUGCUACAGAUGGCCCCCGCUAUCUGUUCCGUGGAAGAAUCAAUACUGAAGUUAUGGAAGUGGAGAACAUGGAUGAUGGGACAGCUGACUUCCACAGCAGUGGAAACAUAGUGUACAAUGGCUGGAAGAUACACAAUACGGCUAAAAACAAAUGGUUUGUGUGCAUUGCAAAGAGCCCAGAGGAGAAGCAGGAGUGGCUGGAGGCUUUUCUGAAAGAACAAGAAAAGAGAAAAAGCCUCAGACUGGGUAUGGAACAGGAUACCUGGGUGAUGGUUUCAGAGAAGGGAGAAAAGCUCUACAGCCUGAUGUGCAAGCAAGGAAACCUCAUCAAAGACAGGAAGCGAAAACUCACCACUUUCCCUAAGUGCUUUCUUGGAAGUGAGUUUGUGUCGUGGCUGAUGGCGAUAGGAGAGGUUGACAACACAGAAGAAGGGGUUCAUCUUGGGCAGGCUCUGCUAGAAAAUGGCAUCAUCCACCAUGUUACAGAUAAGCACCAGUUUAAAUCUGAACCAGUGUUGUACAGAUUCCGAUAUGAUGACGGGACGUACCAUCCGAGAAGUGACAUGCAGGAUGUCAUCUCCAAGGGCGUCAGGCUGUACUGCCGACUUCAUAGCCUGUUUACAGCAGUGAUCAGGGAUAAAGAUUACCAUCUGAGAACAUACAAAUCUGUAGUGAUGGCAAAUAAAUUGAUAGACUGGCUUAUUGCGCAGGGAGACUGCCGGACAAGGGAGGAGGCCAUAAUCUUGGGUGUGGAACUUUGUGACAAUGGAUUCAUGCACCAUGUGCUGGAAAAGAGUGAAUUCAAGGAUGAGCCGUUGUUGUUCCGAUUCUUUGCUGAUGAAGAAAUGGAAGGAUCAAACACCAAGCACAAACCCAUGAAGCACGAUUUAAAAAUAGUAGAAAAUGUCAUAGCUAAGUCCCUGCUGAUUAAACACAGUGAAGGAGGUUAUGGUUUUUCUUUAGAAGACAGAAAUACAGUGCCCAUAGUCAAGUCUGUGGAAAAGGGAUCAUAUGCUGAGAUGGCUGGUCUGCAGGUGGGGAAGAAAAUAUUUGCCAUCAAUGGAGACCUGGUUUUCUUAAGACCUUUCCAGGAAGUGGAGUGUUUCCUGAAGCAGUGCUUCAAUAGCAGGAGGCUUCUCAGAGUGCUGGUGAGCACCAAGCCAAGAGAGACUGUAAAGAUCCCAGACUCGGCAGAUGGCCUUGGAUUCCAGAUUCGGGGCUUUGGCCCUUCCGUUGUGCAUGCUGUUGGCAGAGGAACCGUGGCAGCUAUAGCAGGUCUGCAUCCUGGCCAAUGUAUUAUCAAAGUGAAUGGAAUUAAUGUCAGCAAGGAGAGCCAUGCAAGUGUGAUUGCGCACGUUACAGCAUGCCGCAAAUACAGACGACCAACACAGCAAGAUUCUAUAAAAUGGGUUUAUAACAAUAUUGAAAGUGCUCAAGAAGACCUUCAGAAAGCCAGUCAGAAGCCCCCCAGGGAUGGCAGUGGUGAUGUCUUUGAAUGUAAAGUGGAAGAGGUAAUUGACAAAUUCAAUACCAUUGCGAUAAUCGAUGGAAAGAAGGAUCACGUGAGCCUGACGGUUGAUAACGUUCACCUGGAAUAUGGGGUUGUGUAUGAGUACGACAGCACUGCCGGAAUGAAGUGCCAGGUGCAAGAGAAGAUGGUUGAACCUAAGGGAUUCUUCAGCCUAACUGCAAAGAUUCUUGAAGCACUGGCAAAAAAUGAUGAACAAUUUGUACAAAACUGCCACAGACUGACCUUAAUACAUGACAUGAUCCCAGCUGACCUUCGGCCUAAGUUUGCCACCAUGUGUAGUGAGAGGAUUGAACACGUCAACAAAAGAAUCGCCAAUUAUAGGAAGUUUUCCAGGGUGCUGAAAAACAGAGCCUGGCCAACAUUCAAGCAAGCCAAGACUAAGGUAUCCCCAUUGCACAGCAGUGACUUUUGCCCAACCAACUACCACAUCAACGUAAUGGAGGUGUCCUACCCCAAAACCACCACCUCCUUGGGAAGUGCUUUCGGCGUACAGCUUGACAACCGGAAAAACUCAACACUUGAGAAAGUGAGCAAGAGCACAGAGCAAGGCAAACUGAACCCCAUGGUGUACGUUCAGCACACCAUAACCACCAUGGCAGCCCCUUCGGGUCACAGCCUGGGGCGGCCGGAUGGUCACGGCCUGCGAUUCCUCUUGAGGGAGGAAGACCUGGAGACACUGGAUGCCUACCAGAGGCUGCUCAGCAAAUUGCAGACUAUGGUGAAGGAAAUGGAGAGUUACGCCUGUCAGAUUGAUGACCUUCUCUCUUCAAUAACACACCCUCCAGCUUCAGAGUGCAAAACAGCUGAGACGUACAUCACCACAGACAAUGACAACGAGAGGGGGGAACGCAAUGGCAAACGCGUCUGUUUUAACGUAGCUGCCGACGAGCAGGAGGACUCUGGUCACGACACCAUCAGCAACAGGGAUUCGUACAGUGACUGUAACAGUAACAGGAACUCAAUAGCCUCUUUCACCAGCAUCUGCAGCAGCCAUUGUAGUUCAUACGUACACAGUGAUGAGAUGGAUUCAGGAGAUGAGCUGCCCCUUAGUGUACGGAUUUCUCAUGAUAAGCAAAAGAAAUUACAUGGCUUUCUGGAACAUCUAUUUAGUCAGGUGGAGUCAACCACAAGUCUUCUAAAGGGUCCAGCUGUUGCAAGGGCCUUUGAGCAGACCAAAUGCUUCACUCCAGGUCGAGGGCUACAAGAGUUCCAGCAGGAGAUGGAGCCCAAGGUUAACUGCACUAAGAAACUGCGGCUUCACAUCAAGCAGGACCCGUGGAACCUUCCCAGCAGUGUCCAGAAUCUAACACAGACCAUCGGCAAGUUUGUGGAAGAGGUGAAGACACGCAUCCUUCUUGCUCUGCUUGAAUACACAGACUCUGAGAUUCAGCUUAGACGAGACAUGGUUUUCUGCCAAAGCCUGGUCGCCGCAGUCUUUGCUUUCUCGGAGCAGCUAUUGGCUGUCUUGAAUCAGACACACCACACCGGCAAGGAAUACGAAACAGAGACUCAGGAGGCCAGCAAAAGGUGGCUGGAGCAGAUAGCCAGCACAGGGCUGCUGUUUCACUUCCAGUCCCUGCUCUCACCAAAUCUGGCAGAUGAGCUGGCGAUGUUGGAGGAUACAACAGUUGCAUUAGCUGACCUGGAAAAAGUUACUUUUUACUUCAGACAUUCUGAAGGAGAGCCACUAGUUGCAAAUAUGCCCAUCACAUAUCAGGUUGAAGGAAGUCGGCAAGCAUUAAAAGUUUACUUCUAUCUUGAGAGUUACAAUUUUGAGCAGCUUCCGCAAAGGCUAAAGAAUGGUGGUGGAUUUAAAAUCUACCCUGUACUCUUCACACAAGCUUUGGAGAGCAUGGAAGGAUACUAUUACAGGGAUAAUGUAUCUGUGGAAGAGUUUCAGGCUCAGAUUAAUGCGACUUCCCUGGAAAUGGUUAAACAGUACUACCAGAAGCUCAGGGCCUUCUAUCUGGACAAAUCAAAUUUGCCUCCAAGCUCAACACCCAAAGCGGCCUUAAUAGACAAGCUCAUGCGGCCUCUCAAUGCACUGGACGAGCUCUAUCGAUUGAUAGAAUCUUUUCUCAGCUCGAAGCGCACGGCAGCCUGCCAGUACACAGCCUGUGGAGCCUCUGGGGUCGGCUUGCUGUCAGUGGCUUCUGAGCUCUGUAACCGCCUGGGAGCCUGCCACAUCAUGAUGUGCAACAGCGGUGUCCACCGCUGCACCCUGAGCGUCACUCUGGAGCAGGCCAUUCUCCUUGCCAGAAGCCACGGGCUUCCUCCUCGCUGCAUCAUGCAGGCCACUGAUGUGAUGCGCAAACAGGGAGCAAGAGUACAAAACUCUGCCAAGAACCUGGGAGUGAGGGAUCGUACGCCACAGUCCGUUCCAAGAUUGUACAAGCUCUGCCAGCCACCACCCCCUGAUGGAGACUCAUGAAGACACCUGCCUACGAUUUCUGUCCAGCAGCAAACAGCACUUCAGAGCUCUCCAAUAGUAUUUGCCUGGAAUAUCCAGAGGAUUCCAAUAGUACUCACCUGGAAUAUGGAUGGGUCCCAUGACAGUCUACUAAAAUGUUUCUAAGCUGACCCCCACCCCCUCUUUCUCCCUUUUGAUGUUUUUUUUCCUUUCUCUUUUAUUUUACUUUGUGUAAAUAGUGAAAUUACAUGAAACUAUAUAUACACACACAUAUUUUUAUUCUGAAAAAAUAAUGUUACAGUGUAGUUUUUUGUUAUUGAGCUGUUUAAAAACAUUAGUUUUAAUAUUUUUCCCACACUCUCAAAUCUCUUAAGCACAAUACUCAAAGGCGUGUCUGACUUUGCGUGCAACUAAUCACCAUAAGCUUGUUGCCUUUCACACUGCAGUAAGCCAUAUGCGCACUUAAAGGUUGUGUUGGGAGUCAAAGCAAGGAAAGAGCCAUAUUCACCGAUUCCAAUAAAACAUACACUAUGAUAAGAUGCGUUCCGGAAUAUUAUGGAAUAUGCCCUAAAAGUGUGAUCACCAAGGGACUUUGAGGGUGUUGGUAUUUAGCAGCAGCAGCUGUACUGCAUAAUACAUGGUAUUUACAGCCCAGAUUGAUUCUGCCCUUGUAGAGGAACACAAAUAAAGGGUUAAACAAACUACACAGUGCUUAAAGGGUUAUGCUAUAGAAACUACAAUACUAAUAAAAACAAUUCUAACCUGUUGUGAACUUCCAAACACCAUGUACAUUUCUUGUGAGCAGUUUUGAAGCACAUGUUAUAAGAAACAUGUAUUUUUCAUUUUAAAUUAUGUUGUACCAUACUAGGUAAGAACUGCAAACGAAAGUGAACAAUGGUUUAUUUAAGAGAUUAGUCCUCCAAGCCCAAGUGGAUCUUUUUUUUUUUUUUGUAUUAUUAUUAUUAUUUCUUUCUUAGCAGACGCCCUUAUCCAGGGCGACUUACAAUAGUUACAAGAUAUCACAUUAUUUUUACAUACAAGUAUCCAUUUAUACAGUUGGGUUGUUACUGGAGCAAUCUAGGUAAAGUACCUUGCUCAAGGGUACAGCAGCAGUGUCCCUCAUCUGGGAUUGAACCCACAACCCUCCGGUCAAGAGUCCAGAGCCCUAACCACUACUCCACACUGCUGCCCUAUAUAACACUAUUUGUAUUUCAAACAGUGUUAUUCCUUGUCAUUUUGUGAAUUACCAAGCUAUUGUAUAAUGUUUUUUAAAAUCUUUAUAGAUAUACAGACAAUACUCAGGAUGUAAAAGUUUUGGAGAGUUGAAUAUUUCUACAGCUGUUUAGGUCUCUUGUAAUAAUGUAACCUUUUUUAAAAAAAAAAAAAAAAAUCUUAUUCAAAUACACAAUACAGCUAGUGCUGUUUGGAGAUUUUAAAGAUAUAUAGUCUGUUAGCUGAGAUUACCGAAUUAUAUAAAGAGAGCAAAUUUUUACAAAACAUAUAUAAUUGCACAAUAAAUAUGUCGGCCUGUCUGGUAUAACAGCCCUUCAGUUGUAUUAAAUUUCAAACACCUUAUGAAGAAGACCAGUGUAAAGAAAAGUAAAAUUGUAAAAAGUGUUAGUGUAGUCUUUAGGAUGCAAAUGAAAAUAAUUUAUUUGGUUUUGUAUAACUUCUCUGUAUUCAUGUUUUGAACUUCCCCAUACCUAAACCCAGAUAUUCAACUGUAUCUUUUACACAGUAUUUCAACAAAACAUUUCAUAUACCAGUUAUAUGUUAGAUUUAUUAUUUUAAAUGCAAUUAAACCAUUCUAAACAA